AUCUCGCACCCGUCUCUCCUUAGGGAAAUCAAAAAACCCUUUCAACUCCCAAUUUCAAUUCGGAAUAAUGGCCAAGAAGCGCCCAGUAGAGGAGAACCCACCGCCGCCGCCGGAGUCAGAGGAAGAAGAAGAAGACGAGGAGGGGAGCGAAGUGGAGAGCGAAUCCACCGAUGACAACCACACGUCCUCUGCUGCUGCUGCCGCUGCCGCUGCCAGUCAUGGGAAGAAGGCGUUGGACUCUUACGACACCGAGUCCGACGCCGAGGCCGAAUCCAGUUCGGGUCGGUCUUCUCCUUCGGCUUCCGCCUUUCAGCUGAAGCCCGUCACCCCCGCAAAGAUCAAGAAGCCCACCCCCGCCGCAUCAACCGAUCCCGAAGCUGCCACCGACAAGAAGAAAUCUGCUGCCAUCAGUGGCGGGAACGAAGAAGAAGAGGAGGAGGAGGAAGUAAGAAAAGGCAGCACUCAGGGGCGUUGGAGCGAGAGCGACGAGAUUGCGCUCCUUAGCGGGAUGAUUCAGUACAAAUCUGAAAGGGGUUCCGAUCCCUCUUCUGAUAUGGCUGCUUUUCUCGAUUACAUCGAGAAAUCGAUUCAGAACAAGGUCUCCAAGACCUCGCUCGCCACCAAAGUCAGGAGAUUGAAGCAGAAGUAUCAGAGCUUGGCUGAAAAGAGUAAGGCCGAUGGUGAGUACCCUGUUUUCUCCAAGUCUCAUGAACAGAAAUCGUUUGAGCUGUCUAAGAAAAUCUGGGGGUCUGAGGGUGAGAAAAGUGAGAAGACUAGUAAGAAGAGCAAGAGUAAGAUCAGCUCCAAAGUUGACAACAUUGGUACUAGUGCUGGGGUUACACUAGCUUUGCCUAAGCAGGAACCGACUAGCAGCCUGGCCCCUAGUGCCAAGAAGCCAAGGAGGGUCUCAAAUGAAGAAUUGAAUGGAGAUCAUAAGAAGAAGGGGGGCAGUGGCAACACCAGCAGCCUGGUGAAUGGAGAAGCGAAACGGGUUGCUCCCACGGUUGAAGAAAAGAAAGAUGUCGAGGAUGGAAAAGAAGAGGAGAAGAAGCUGUGUGACAAGUAUCCUUAUUUAUUUGCAUCCAUGGAAGAGCCAACAGUUAAUGAGCAAGUGAGAAAGGUUUUCAUGAAUGAGGUUGGAAAGACUGAUGAGGCAAUAUUGAAGGAUUGGGAGUCGAGGUGGAAAACGCUGAAAAGGGCUGAGUUGCAGCUGUUUGUGCAACGGAUGUCGUUGAUUAACGAACAAGUGAAAGGGGCGAUGGAUGUGUGCAGGUCUGAAUGAGAGAGUUUGUGUUUAUGAAUGUCUCUCUUGUGUGGUGAAAGCAUGUAAGGGAAUGGAUUUUCGUUUAUGGAGGUAAAGGGGUUUGGGUUUUCUUUUGUGAGGAAGUUGAAUUCUGUCUAGUUUUAGUAUGUUGAGGAGUAGCAGUUCCUUUUUGCAGUUCUUUUGUUAUGCUAUGGGUAUUAUGAUGGGUUGUCGGAAUUGGAUGAACUUGGUUAAUGAUAUUCGUAGUACAAAAUUUUGUCAAUUGUUGUUAGUAUGAUAUGGUUGCUGUGUUCCUUGGAAUUAAAUUUGGGUUUAGUU